GCUGGUGACAGAUGAUGCACCGUGUGUGCCGGGUGGAGGAAGGAGCGCGCCGUGCAAACAGGGCGCCCAAAAGAGCGCACAUUAAAAGUCCUUACGUAGAACCAAGCGAGCGCCUACUGUACGAUCCUCCACGCGUGAAAAGGAAAUGGAGCUAAAAUAGACGCACUUCUUUACCUUCUGGACUGAAUGCAGUGAGAGUCGCAUUCGAUUUCUGAGCUUCACGUCCUAGACACACAAAAUGUGGAGAUACACGAGUUUGUUUGCCUUUCUGCUAGUUUUGUGCAAGGAUGCGUCUUCACAAAGCAAGAUCUUUGGAGAGACUGAACCUGUUCGGAUGACGUCAGAGGGUUCAGACUGCCGAUGUAAGUGCAUCAUGCGUCCCCUAAGCAAGGAUGCCUGCCUGCGGCUGCGAAGUGGCAGUGUUCGCGUGGAAGAUUUCUAUACUGUGGAGACAGUCAGCUCUGGGUCAGACUGUAAGUGCUCAUGCACAGCUCCACCAUCCUCCCUCAACCCCUGUGAGAAUGAGUGGAAGAUGGAGAAGCUGAAGAAACAGGCCCCUGAAUUACUAAAGCUCCAAUCUAUGGUGGACCUCCUUGAGGGAACACUUUACAGCAUGGAUCUAAUGAAAGUCCACUCUUACAUCAACAAGGUGGUGUCUCAAAUGAACACCCUUGAAGAGACAAUCAAGACAAACCUGACACGAGAGAAUGAAUUUGUUCGGGACAGCAUGAUCAGCCUCACCAACCAGUUUAAGAGAUAUGAGAAUUAUUCCAACAUUAUGAUGAGCAUCAAGAAGGAGAUCUCAAGCCUCAGCCUACAGCUGCUACAGAAAGACUCCUCUGAGGGCAAAGCACAGGACACUAAUGAUGAAAAAACAAAGGAGGCUAUAAAACUACCCAACAAAAAGACCCUUGGAGCCAAACCCCCACCCAAACCACCCAAAGAAAAGGUUGUAAAGCCCAAGAAAGAGGUCAUUAAACCUGGGAAACCGGUCAAGCCUGACCCUACAGCCAAAGCCAAGGUGGCUGGCCAUCAGCCUGGCGUGGUGAGGGGCAUCACAUACUACAAGGCUGCGAAGGUUGACGAGGAUGAGCACAGAGAAGACCAUUCUGCCAAAACGUUCACAGUCCAUCACAUCACAGAAAACCAGUCAGAGGAUGGAGGAGCUGAAAUGAUCCUGGAAACCAUGGAAGCCACUGUGGAGGAACCCAUCGUCACUACUGCAGUUCCCACCACUACAUCUACGUCCAUCACCACAACUACUGGCACCACAACUACCAGUACUACUACACCUACAACUAUCACCACGCAAAGUACACCAGCUUCUGAAAGACCAGCUCCAACCAUUGUGCUGGUGCUGGACAACUCCAAUAACAACAGCCGGCCCACUCUCCACAGAGCAGGGAAGAUCCUCAACUGUGAAGGGACUUUAGCAUCCAUUGAGCAGCCAGAGAAGCAGCACAGUUAUGGGCGCAAUGAGGGAGCUUGGAUGAAGGAUCCCCUAGCUAAAGACUCCAAGAUCUACGUCACCAACUAUUACUACGGCAACAACUUGGUGGAGUUCCGCAACCUAGAGAACUUCAAGCAAGGCCGAUGGAGCAACCUUUUCAAACUGCCUUACAACUGGAUAGGCACAGGCCAUGUGGUUUAUAAUGGGGCCUUCUACUAUAACAGAGCCUUCACCAAGAAUAUCAUCAAGUAUGAUCUGAGGAUGCGAUAUGUGGCAGCCUGGACGCUGCUGCAUGAUGUGGUUUAUGAGGACACCACCCCAUGGAAAUGGAGAGGCCACUCGGACAUUGACUUUGCGGUGGACGAAAGCGGUCUGUGGGUGAUCUACCCUUCCAUGGACUAUGACUACAACCAGCAAGAGGUUAUCGUCAUCAGUAAGCUGGAUCCUGGGGACCUGUCACUGAAAAAGGAAACCACCUGGAGGACAGGCCUCAAACGGAACUCCUAUGGGAACUGUUUCAUCAUCUGUGGUGUCUUGUACGCUGUCAAUGUGUACAACCAAAAGGAAGGUGAAGUGAAUUAUGCUUAUGACACACACACCAACACUGAAGCCAUCCCACGUCUGCCCUUCACCAACGAGUACUCCUUCACCACACAGAUUGACUACAACCCCAAGGAGAAGGUUUUGUAUGCCUGGGACAAUGGCCAUCAGCUCACAUAUCGGGUUAACUUUGUUGACCAGUGAGCACAACUCACAGUAGAUCUGCCAGUAUGGCACAUCAAUAGAAAGAAGAUACUCAGUAUUUAACAGCCUAGAAGCAGCCAUAAUGGACUCAACAGGACAAAGGAUGAGUUUAAACAAGCCCUCCACUACCAAUGCAUGUUUUUCAAACACCUGACCUCACAGUGCACCCAUCACACAUGCCUCAAAUAGGUAUUGGGAUGUGUGAUUGUACAAUAUGUCAAUAGAAAGGACAAUGGAAAGUGUAAAUAAUCUCACAGGUUGAGUUAAAAGUUAAUGAAAGCAUAGAGAUUUCUUUUUAUGUUCAUUUAUGAAAUGUCAGCAGGCUGGCUAACUAGCAGACAGAUAAAUCGCUAGAAAUUAAUAGUUUAAAUUAGAGCUAGAAUUUGAAACAUCACCUAAUGGUUUCUGGGGGCAAACUUUGAGACUUGCAUUUUGGAUUUAUCACUAGAUUUCAUUAGUGGGUUCUUAGGCCUGAAAACCCAUGCAGAGACGUGUGUGAGAUGGGGUCACAUCAAUCAAACAGAUACUUCCCCAACCAUGAGCUUUAAAGUAUUUUUUAAAGGAUUGCUUCAGUCAGUUCAAGUCUUACUGAUUAUAAUAACAAGGAAAAUUGCUGGUUGCUGUAAUCAUUCCUCUUGUCUGUGCUGACACUAAGUGAUCCUCUUCUGUAAAACAUAACAGCAAUCUGUAAUACAUUACAUGACUACUGUAGACUUUAGGAUUCAGGUAGUCUCUAUAGGCUCACUGCAUGGUACAACUUGGUUCAAUCCAACUCAACUUGUUUGAUGUACCAGGUACUUCUUCUUUAUUUUGUUUUCCCGUGCAGAUAGGAUCCAUUCAACGUAGGCAGCGUUCCUGUCUUAUCAUCAUAAUGACCCCUAGUGAAACUGUGAUGACUUCUUAAACGCAACGCAAACAUAGGAACAGCGGAAGAUACAAAAGGGAAAUGGAGUGCAUUUAUAUACUGCUUUUCUUGUAUCCCUUUACAACACAUGCCACAUUCACCUGCUCAUCAGGAGUGAUACGGCCACACGUUAUGUCUCUGCUCACCCACUGACACACACACACACUUGUUACAGCAAUAGAGCAGCCAUCAGGUGCAGUCUGGGGUUUGGUAUUUUUCUCAAGGACAUUUCUAUAUGCAGGCUGGAGGAGCUGAACGACAAACCACCGACCUUCUGAUUAGCGGACAACCUGCUCUACCUGCUGGGCACUUAUCUGCACAGACAGGCCGUUCUCAAAAUAGGCGUUUGGGAAAUCCAGCAUUAGAGCACAGACAACACGAUAGCUCGGGCUGCUCUGUGUCACGCAAGUGAUGAUUCUAGUGACGACUCUGUGACCAGUCAGUGUUCUGCAGUGUUCUCACUCCAUACAGUACAUCAGAAUCAGGAUCAGAAUCAGAAUUCCUUUAUUUAUCCCUGGGAAAGGAAAGGAAAAUUCUUGAACAUGACUGCAUGACGAUGACUGGACGUUCUUAGUCAGCUGGUAGCAAAGGAGUUGAUGAAUGAACUAGCUAAACGGUGGACUUAAGUGUCAUAAAUGAACGCUUUGCUAUAUUUUUUCGGUCAAAAGUCAAUGCAGUAAAUGAAACGUGUUCACUUCAGUAUUCUCUCACGCUUGUUGUUGCUUGGUUUGAACUCUAUAAGUUUCAAUAUUUCCAAACUAGCUAACAUAUUAUAAAAUACAUUUAUCAACAAUCAUCAGGUUUUCUAAUCUUGGAUACCUCCUUUUUUAUCAGCCUUUUAACUGUGCUUCAGAUAGCCUCUUUUUGCACAGCUAGUGUUAUUCGGCCUCACCCCCAAUAUUUAACUCAACCAAUGAGAUUAUUUCUGCCUCCGGAGUAGUGAGAACUGUUUGUUAAACUAUCAGCUAUUAUUGCCCAUCUACUCCAUCCUAUCACCAAGCACUUUGAUCAUGAAUCUGCUUUGAUUAUUAUGUCAGCCUCAUGAUGCUUCCUGUCUCUUUACCAUUUACAUUGUUUUAACGGGUGUACUUAAUAUAAUAAGAACUCCAAAUACAAAAUAAUGUACACAUUUCUACAUUUUUUUAUAUUUACAUGAGUUAAUUUGACAAAAUGAUGCAACUUUUUUCCUGAUAUUCAUGCAUCUUGUUAAAUUUCUAUGUUGUUGUUGUUUAAAAGUAUGCAGCUUUUGUGUUAUUAACAUUUACAUAACCACUACAUUUGUUGUAAUCAUUGAGUAUUUGAUCAUUUUCACCACAGUGGAAAUUAACAACCGUGAUAAGUCAUGCUAAUACAAAAGGUGCAGUAUCAUCAGCUGUGCCUUCUUCAAUAACCGACACCAAAAACCAUGAAUGUUUUUAUAUUUGACGAUGACUGACUGUACAGUGUGAGGGACAUAAUGGGAAUGGUAAGCUUUAGGACACAUGAGAAUUUCUACAGCUCUUUAUAGUGUUGUUUUGGUCUUGUAUGCCACUCAUAAUUCACAACCACAUUUUUCUGCCUGUUCUUGAAUCAUCAGAAGUGUUUCUUUAAGUUUAUUCAUAAAAGACAUGCUGAUUGCAAUGAAGCAAUUUGUUAAAUUACAAGGUUUUUGCGAUAAUGUCAUGAAAUUUUAACACAACAUUUCAAAACACUACAAAUCAGCUGUGUGUCUGUGCUGUAAAAUAAAAUUUCCAUUAUAAAAGUC